AUGAACAACAUUGAAAAAGAAGCAGUGUUUUUAGACACUCUCUCUCUCUCUGAAUCAUUUCCGUUCUGCACAGAGACGAUCUCGAUCAUUACCAAUGAUGGACGCAACAUUGUGGGAGUUUUAAAAGGCUUUGACCAGGCUACAAAUAUCAUUCUCGACGAAUCACAUGAACGUGUGUACUCCACCAAGGAAGGUGUUCAGCAACUUGUGUUGGGUUUUUACAUAAUAAGAGGCGACAACAUAAGUGUAGUAGGUGAACUAGACGAGGAGCUCGAUUCCUCUCUUGACUUGCAAACCUUAGAGCACACCCUCUUAAGGCUGUUAUCCAUUGAUUGA